CAGCGAUUUAUUGUGGUAGAUACAAAAUAAUGAUAAUUAAUAAUAAUUUCAGUAGCCAAGAUGGCGUCAAAGGAAAACAGACGUAACGUCAUCAAUCUGCGCAACUUCCUAGGUCAUUGGACUGGCAUGGCUGUCUUCAUGUCUGUAACGCUUGGUUAAAUUGGAAAGCAUAUUAACGGUCUGAUACAAGACUAAACAGCGAUUAUUAGCUAUGCCACGUUAUGAACUUUCUCUUAUUCUCAAGGCCAUGCAAAGGCCGGAGACAGCCGCUGCUCUUCGACGUACGGUUGAGACCUUGAUGCAACGGGGCGCCAUAGUCAGGGAUUUGGAAAACCUCGGCGAAAGAAGGUUACCAUACAAGAUGUCCAAACACAACUUGCGACACACACGUGGCGGGUAUUUUCUAAUUGACUUUUAUGGUUCUCCAAGUAUGGUCGGCGAUUUGCUUGAUCACCUUGAACGUGAUGUGGACGUUGUGAGACCCACCGUUUUAAAGAAGGAAGAGCCUCCACAAAUUGUGUCGUACUGUUGCAGCGCUCCAUCCUCUAAACCUGGCAGUACCUCUUCAAGCCAUGGUUCCUAGAAGUCUUCCCGUUUGAACCCCAUCUUCAAGCCAUCUAAACGUUUCUGUGUUGUCUCUUGAUGUCUGUUGGAAACAACACAAAUGAAUAAAUUACAGUUGUAUAUGUGACGUCAUUUUGUCCGUGGGCCUCCUACCCUAACGUAAUCCAGAAUUACAAAAUCAACAUGCCGAUGCCAAGAAUCAUUAAGUUUACAAAGGCCUGUUUAAUAUUUUCUGUACUUCUGCUUUGGUGAAACAACUCAAUUAUAUACAGAAGACAUGUAUGUUUAACCAACUAUUGGUAUGAUCUUCAAUUUCAGUUUAAUUGUAGGUCGUGAAGGAGACAAACUGUUCUUCCCGCAUGGUUAUGCACUAUAGUUCAGUCCUACAUCAACAUGUAAGAAAAGUUUUGACUGCACAACAUUGCCACAUUUUUAUGCCUUAGUAUGAUAGUUUGAAACUAAAAACUCUUGUCAUGUUGCAUUAAAGGACAAUUGAACAAUAUAAUAUAUGGAUUAUCCAGUGUUUCUAUAUAAAAUUUAAAUUUCACUUAGUCAAGUUAAACUUUCUGUUAAUUUUCUGCCACAUAACUUCACUUUGGAGAGGGGGGUCAGCCUGAAUGGCAUACAAUAACACAGACGAACUUUGAAAAAUAUGUGUGUAUGUAAAUAAAACCAAAUCUUUUAAACUUUA